UCUGAGGAGAUGAUGAYGGAUGUCUCGUUUUUUGAUGAUGAAGAUGAGAAAGAGGAAACCUACCACGACACUGGCAGUAGAUAUCCUGCYAGAAUGCGGUCCAUGACAGCAAGUUACUGCGAGGCKGAAGUACCAGAUGAUGAUCACUAUCUUUAUUGUGAAGAAUGUCAAGAUCUGUACCAUGGAGACUGUCCAGUUCACGGUGCAUUGCAGCCCUUCCCUGACAAGCCACUAGCUGCUGACCAUAACAACGACAUCAUAACAGCAGCCAGGGCGUCUUUACCCGAUUUUCUUGAGAUCAAACCAUCAAAAAUACCACACGCAGGUCUUGGUGUGUUUUGUAAAUCGGGUGUUCUGCCAGUCAGAGCAAAGUUUGGAUCGUACAAAGGCAAGAAAGUCAAACUAGAAGACAUCGCUGAUGACAUGGACACCAGUUAUAUGUGGGAGAUCAUGAAGGAUGGAAAGUUUAGUCACUUUGUCGACGGUUCAGAUGAGAAGACUGCAAAUUGGAUGAGAUUUGUGAAUUGUUCACGAUGCGAAAAAGAACAGAACUUGGUGUCAUUCCAAUAUAGAGGAGAAAUCUACUAUAGAAGUUACAAACAGAUACCGCAAGGGACAGAGUUACUGGUUUGGUAUGGUGACAAGUACGCGAAUGAUCUGGGGAUAUCUACGAAAGAUGUUGAUGAUGUUGUGGAACCAAGAAAACAGCCACAAACACAGACACAAGGACAAUCAAYAUUUCAGACUCUACUGAUCAAAGGAAACAGCACUGUAGACAAGGACCAUAAAUGUACACUGUGUGAUAAAAGACAUGACACUGCUAAAGAAUAUGAUGAACACCUACGGACACAUUGCAACAUCAAAGAUCUAGUUUGUCCUGUUUGUAAGAAAAAGAGYRCACAMAGUGGUAAUUUUGUGUCACAUCUACGAACUCACUCUGGGUAUAAACCAUAUGAAUGCAAGUAUUGUAACAAGAAAUGUACACAGCAAAGUGACCUUAAAAAACACGAACGUAUACACACAGGCAUAAAACCAUAUGAAUGCAAGUAUUGUAACAAGAAAUUUACAUGGUCCAUUAGUCUGAGAAACCAUAUAAAACACAUUCAUUCAUAGUCUUUUCAAAGAAAGAAUAUCAAUUCCUGUAAUAUUUAGGAUAGUGUUAUUUUCAAUAUAAAUGAUAAUUAUGAAAUAUAAAUUAUAAUUAUGAAUGCCAAGCAUACAUGAACGAUUUUUCAGAAAAGAUUUUUGUACAGAU